UAUUCCCUUCAGCCGCACUGAUGCAGUCAAACCAAACACUCGUUGCUACAGCAGAAGUCUAGAUGACAGAAUAUGGAGUUCGUUAUAAAAUAAUACAUAGUAAACAGAGGUGACAGUCUUUUAGUAAUGGUCUAUAUUAUGGGGAUACAGUCGGACGCCCUGGGUGUCAAACCCACGUCCCUGGAUGAGCUGUUUGAGUCCAGUACAUGGAGAAUUAAAAACAUAUGGGAUGGGGUGAAGCUGGAGAUCGCGGCUGGAGAUGGAUGUCCGGUGGUCUUAAAUAGUUUUACGCAUUUGGACCCAGAUCUGCCUAUGCUGGAGAGCUCAGUUCAGGAGAUUGGAGAGGAGGUGGAGGACGGUGCCAUCUAUACCAUCACACUCCGAAAGGUGCAGCUUCACCAGACGGCCAGUAAGGGCCAGCGAUGGCUGGGUGUGGAGACAGACUCUGCCCUCAGUCUGUACGAGACGUGCAAGGGUCGAACCAUCAAGGCUGGCACACUGGAGAAACUGGUGGAGUACAUGGUCUCUGCCUUCAAAGGGAAAGACUACACGUAUGUCACUAUUUUCCUCUGCACCUACAGAGCAUUUGCCACCACCAAACAAGUGCUGGACCUGCUGCUCAACAGAUAUGCCAAACUGCCAGUCUCAGGCAAGACAAAAGUCUCAGCAGAAGACCACACAGAGCUUAAAAACACUGUGUCAUCUAUCCUGGGUGCCUGGUUGGAUCAAUACUCAGAGGAUUUCUGGAGUCCUGUAGCCGAAUGCCUGCAGAGCCUCAUAUCCUACUUACAACUCAACUUCUCUGGAUCGGACCUGGAGAGACGAGCUUUAAACCUGCUGGAGCACUUCCAGCAUCGCCAACAGUGCGAGGUGGAGCUUGAAGGUGAUCUGUGCUCCUGCCCCUUUGCCACACCAGAGGAGAGCAGUUUAGAGGAUGAAUUCUCCCCCUCACACUUCAUGUCCUUCAGUCCUUCUCUAGUUGCUGAGCAGUUAACAGUCAUGGAUGCGGAGCUGUUUAAGAGGGUUGUUCCCUAUCAUUGUUUGGGAGGCAUAUGGUCCCAGCGGGAUAAAAAGGGCAAAGAGCACCUGGCACCGACCAUCCGUGCUACUGUUUCUCAGUUCAACAGUGUGACCAACUGUGUGAUCGCCACAUGCCUGGACAACAGGUCUCUCAGACCUUUCCAAAGAGCCAAGCGCAUUGAACACUGGAUAGAAGUGGCCAGGAAAUGCCGUAUCCUGAAGAGCUUCUCCUCUCUGACCAUCCUGUCCGCCUUGCAGAGCAAUGCCAUCCAUAGGCUGAGGAGGACCUGGGAUGAUGUUUCCCGGGAAAGCUAUCGGACUUUCCAAGAGCUGUCUGAAAUCUUUUCAGACGACAAUAAUUACUCACUCAGCAGAGAGCUUCUCAUUAAGGAGGGCACCUCUAAAUCUGCCAUAGUCGAGAUUAACCACAAAGGAGCCCAGAGGAGACACCAGCAGCAAAGAGACAUGGGUGUUGUGCAAGGAACGAUUCCAUACCUUGGCACUUUCCUGACUGACCUCGUCAUGUUGGAUACGGCUAUGAAAGACCAUCUGGAGGUCGGACUGAUUAACUUUGAGAAGAGAAGGAAGGAAUUCGAAGUGAUCGCUCAGAUCAAGUUGCUGCAGCUGACCUGCAAUUAUUACAACUUCAGCAGAAACCAGCGCUUUAUUGACUGGUUUAAGAGAGUGGAGAAACUUACAGAGACUGAGAGCUACUCUAUGUCGUGUGAUAUUGAGCCACCAUCUGAGUCGUUGUGCAAAAAGAACGGAGGCAUCAUGAAGCGCAUGAGCGAGGAGUCGGGCUACAGCAGCGCUGCGUCUCACUCCAAGUCCUUUGAGCAGCCGCGAUUGAGCCAGUUUAAAGACUGCUUUAAAGACGGAGCCGAUUCCCUCAGCCUCACCUCUGCAGGAUCCAGCGGCUCGGAUGCAGACGAGAGUCUCAGCCUGCUUAACUCUCCUGAAUCAGGCAGUCAGAGAACAUCCACACCAACUGUGAAACACUCAUCAACCUCAGACACAGGAGAGCUCCUGUCUGAUUCCUCCACUAAGCUCUGGGAAUCACCCACCCCUUCUCUGGAGGCGUCUGGAUCAGGCUUGUGUUUAGAGUCAGGCUGCAGUAGCUCCACAUCUUCCUCCUCCUCUUCCUCCUCCUCAUCUUCAGUCUCAGCCUUUACAGGACGCACCUUCAACUUUCACAAGCGCUCAGUCUCUGGCAUCUCAGACUACUCGUCUCUGAGUCUGCCGCUCUAUAACCAGCCGAACGACUGCUGCAUCAUCAGAGUCAGCCUGGACUCAGACAACGGCAACAUGUACAAGAGCAUCCUGGUCACUAGUCAGGACAAAACCCCUGGGGUCAUUAGGAAAGCCAUGGCCAAACACAACCUGGACAACGACAAAUCUGAAGACUAUGAAUUGUUACAGAGAGUCUCAAAACAUAAAGAACUCAGAAUCCCAGAUAAUGGAAAUGUUUUCUACGCCAUGAACUCAACUGCCAACUACGACUUCUUGUUGAGAAAGCGUGGCGUCCCAAAAACCUGCCGCUCGAAGAGCUCCCCGAGCUUGACUCUACCGCGCAUGAAGCAGAAAGGCUUCAAAAUCCCCAAGAGCUUCUUCUGAAAACACUCUGAAGCUGUCGGAGAUUAUCCAGAGUCACUUUAUUAACCCCCUACAGUAUUAUCUGGAUCUUUUAUCCAAUGGAGUUGUUGUGUUAUCGAGCUUCUAUGUUCUGACAGGAAGCGACCUCUGCGUCUCCUGUCCCUACGGAACCUCUACAACCGCCCACCGUGGCUCUUACAAGGUUUACCUUAAGACUGCACUUAAGAGCCACAUUCAUGCAUGAGCACACUAAACAAAAACAUUUCAAGCACUUUAGAACGGUCCUUAAAGCAAGAUUUGUGGUCCUCUGUCCUUUUCAAAAUUCUAAACGAAUUUUCUGUUUGAUUCAUCUCUGCCACUGGACUCAGUCGCAAAAUUUGUCACAGUCUCUCAAACAUUAGGACUGCUCAUGGAAUAGUGACAGUAUUACAUGUACAGUACAAGAUGUGUAAAGUGUACAGUCUUUUGUUUUUUGUUUUUCUUCUUUUACAUGGCCCUUUUGACUGUUGCUGCUGCCAGUUUAGCUUGCCUGUUUUCCUCGAACUGAUACAGUCUGAAGGGGUGUGCAAUAUUUAUCCGUGUGAGCUGUCAUCAUCCGGUAUG